AUGGAUAUCGACGAACAGCCUCAGCCGACGGUACUGAAAAGUAUGGAAGAUAAAUUACGGUCCAAUCUGAAGAUUGAAUUUCUUGAAUUCAUAGAUACAUCAGGAAACUGCGGUUCUUCAUACUCCGUUACGAUAGUCUCAAGCGAUUUCAAAGGGAAGAUGACUUUAGGUAGACAUAAAUUGGUCAAUCAGAUAUUAUCAGAUGAAAUCGCUCAAUUACAUGCUUUCUCACAGAAAACUCUAACUCCGGAACAAUGGGAGAAAGAGAAGAAGAAAUGA